AGCUACAGAUGCGAAGAGGGAGUUAAUUGCACUGGAUUCAGAAGGGGACUGCCACAGGAAGUCGAAUCAUGGCAGACACGGCGGUCCAUGCCGCCAGUCCUCCGCCCCACAUACUUGGUUACACCAUUCGCAGUCGCACCCGGAUUUGGGUUUCCUACAUUGUGCCCACAUGCCUGGGUCUCCUAGUUUACAUAGUCCAAUCUGCCUCGGAUUUGGCUUUGGGUUGCCAGUACUUCAGACAGAAGGAGCCGGCACUGGGAGCUGGCACCCUGGUCCUGGUGAUCCUUCCUCCGCUGAUCACCUUCAUCCUGGUGGCGGCUUCGAGGGAACAGCGGGAAUGCGCCUGUUCGGACCGGAAUAAAUGCGCUGCCCUUGGCAUUGGACUACUUAAGCUCUUGCUGUUCCCCCUCUUCGUGAUUUACAGGUUUUCUACGCGCUUGUUUUGGGCCAUCGAGGGACUCUUCCACGACGACGACGAUGUGGAGCGCAUGAAGUGCUUGGCCAAGGCCACGCAAACCUCCAACAUCGAGCUGUAUCUCUUGAUCCAAGCCUACGCACAGGCAGCUCCCCAAAUCAUCCUGCAGCUGUACCACAUGCUCAGCCAGGAUUUGUUCCGGAACUAUGAGACUUCUGCUGUUCAGGCCAUGUCCCUGGUGUUCUCGGCCAUUGAUCUGGCCGCCAUAACCACUAGUUACCACAGGAUAGAGAGCCAGCGGAGGGUGGGUCGCCAUUAUCCCUGGGCCACGCCCCAGCAGGUGGACACCCAUCGCUGCCAGUUGGAGCAAAACGAACGCCUCUGCUGCGAGGCAGAGCGAAAGAAGCGGGAGUCGGAACGAACCAUCACUAGCUUCCCGGAGUCGGACAAGAUCAUGGAGAACUUUCGGGCCCGCAGGUCACUGAGAAUUCCAGGCGAAGCCACCCACGAGCUGCACAUUCGGGGGGAAGAUGAGGUGGACAACGAUGGUUUGGAGCAGCUGGAAACGCGGGCAUUGCUGCACUCUGGACCCAAGGACAAUGCCACGGAUGAGGAGAAGAUACAGGGCGCCAGGCCCAAGUUAAAGGUGAGAUACGAGGACCUGGGGGAUUUGGACACCAUCGAGGUUUUGGACAGCAUUCCCGAGACACCGGCGCCCCCACCUCCACCCAAAACAGCGCCACCUGAGUUGCCUGUUCGGAGGGCAGCAGAAGAUGAUCCUCCAGCGCCUGAUUUGCGACGAACCAUGUCGGACAAUGACCCCCGAAAGAGUCGUCGCAUCACCAGACCUCUGUCCCAGCUGGAAACCUUUAAGGACAUGCUCCUGGUUAACGCGCAGCUGUUCAUCAAGGAUAAUGUCCCACAUCCACCCAAGCUGCUGAUGGGCAAGGUCAAGGAAGAGGAUCCAGAGGAGCAGAGGGUACUGAUUCCACAGUCACCGAAGCCAUCUCCACUGACACCCAAGGACGUGGUGGACUUUUACUUCCCGCGACCCACCAAGAUAGUGAAUGGCAUCCAGCAGGAUGACUUCGCCGGCAGGACAGUGUCCUUCUUCGGAUGGAUUGCCUUCAUCACCAUGAGGAUGCUGGCCCUGUCCACCUUCUGUGUCUUCUACCCGAGGGCCUUCAUCAUCCUGGUCGGAGUGCAUUACGCCCUCAUGCUGGGCUGCCUAGCCCUGGAGACCCGAUGUCGUGGUGGCUGGAGUCGCAACCUGUUCCUCCUGCUCCUCGCCUACAUAUACAUCUUUGUGCUGAUGGAAUUCCGGGUGUGCUUCAAGAACAUCCGGCUGUGGUACGGUGGUUAUCUGGUGCUCACUUUGGUGGAAAACAUAACCAUUUCAUCCAUUUGGUAUACAAACGAGGAGUUCGAGUCCUGGUGGUUCGGCUUCAUCUGGGAGUGGAUCGUCUACAGUGGAGUCCUGUUUCUGGCCACCUUAAUCGUCUACUACUGGAUCCUGCGACCCAAGGAAGUGUCGCUAAUAGUGGAGGACGACUCGCCAGCGGAUCAGGCGGCGACUCCAGAGGAGCAGGCCGUUGCCUAGCAUUGACCAGGUUGUUUGUUGGAUCGAAGUAGCUGUAGCUUGUUAGCCGUCAGUCUGUUACUGGCAAACGAAUAAAUUAUUUACCCUUGUAUUAGU